AUGAUAGUGACAGCUAACUUAUCCAUGACAGUGACAGCUAACUCAUCCAUGACAGUGACAGCUAACUCAUCCAUGACACCACAAGACCGUGUCACACCCAGCCACCAAGACUGUGUCACACCCAGCCACCAAGACCCGUGUCACACCCAGCCACAAGACCCGCGUCACACCCAGCCACAAAGACCGUGUCACACCAGCCACCAAGACCGUUUCACCCGGCCACCAAGACCCGUGUCACACCCAGCCACCAAGACCGUGUCACACCUAGCCACCAAGACCCGUUUCACACCCGGCCACCAAGACCGUGUCACACCCAGCCACCAGACCCGUGUCACCCAGCCACCAAGACCCGUGUCACACCCAGCCACCAAGACCGUGUCAUCAGGCACCAAGACCCGUGUCACCAGCCACCAAGACCGUGUCACACCCAGCCACCAAGACCCGCGUCACCAGCCACUAAGACCCGUGUCACCCAGCCACCAAGACCUGUGUCACACCCAGCCACCAAGACCCGUGUCACACCCAGCCACCAAGACCGCGUCACAGCCACCAAGACCCGUGUCACCCAGCCACCAAGACCCGUGUCACACCCAGCCACCAAGACCCUUGUCACACCCAGCCACCAAGACCGUGUCACACCCAGCCACCAAGACCCGUGUCACCAGCCACCAGACCGUCACCAGCCACCAAGACCCGUGUCACCCAGCCACAAGACCCGUGUCACACCCAGCCACCAAGACCGUGUCACCCAGCCACAACCGUUCCCAGCCACCAAGACCUGUGCCACACCCAGCCACCAAGACCCGUGUCACACCCAGCCACAAGACCCGCGCCACACCCAGCCACCAAGACCCGUGUCACACCCAGCCACAAAGACCCGUGUCACACCCAGCCACCAAGACCCGUGUCACACCCAGCCAUCUGAACCUUUAUCAACACAACCUAAAAUAUUCACAACCAUCAUAUUAA